CUAACACAAGGCGAAGAAGUAAUUUCCACAGCCCAUUAAAGGCAUCAUGCGGAAGGGAAAGGGAGGGACGUCAAUUACUAGAGGAAUGUCUGUUAAUAAAUGAAAGGUAUAAAGGAAGCAAUCAUCCUGAUUCAGUAACACACCUUCUAAAUCUUGCAACCUCAUACUCUCGCUCAAAGAAUUUUGUGGAGGCUGAGCGUUUGCUCCGAUUGUCUUUGCAUAUCAUUUCACGAACAGUGGGACCAGAGGAUAACUCUAUCACCAUCCCCAUGUUGCAUCUUGCAGUUGUAUUAUACCAUUUAAAACAAGAUGAAGAAGCUGAGACACUUGCUUUGGAAGCAGUACGCAUUCGUGAAACUACAUUUGGAAAGGAAUCUCUUCCUGUGGGUGAAGCCCUUGAUUGCCUUGUUUCAAUUCAGACAAGGUUGGGGAAGGAUGAUGGCGACAUGCUGAGAAAGUUGAAGAGGGUUCUUAGCAUUCAAGAAAAAGAGUUGGGUUUUCAAAGUGAAGAAACUAUGACAACCUUGAAGAAAGUUGUUUUCUAUUUAAAUAAGAUGGGGAAAAAGGAUGAGUUAUUUCCUCUCCAAAGGAGAUUGAGGCUGCUCAAAACUAAAAUAAUGCAGAAAGCCCCUGUUUAAGAGGUAGCAAUAUGCUACUUUGCUUUGAUGGACUUGUCUCUGCUUUUUUUCCUUUUAUCAAAUUCUUGAUUGAAACUUAAAAAUUUUGUUAUUCAGAUGAUUAUUGUCCAGAAUAUCC